CAAAUGACUACAAAUAUUUUUUAAUUUCCUACCAAUCCGCAAUUUUUAUUUUUUUUUAAAAAAAAUAAAUAAAUUGUUCAUAUGGUUUUCAUCUUAAGAUAUAUGCAUAUGUACAUUUACCCGCAUUGGGGCUUAUGCUGCUGCUAGUUAUUUUCUUUUGCUUACCGAGCAGGAUAUAAAAUAAUAUCCCCCCAUCUGUUUCUACGAAAUCGCAACGCGCUGAUCGAUACAUUAUACCGAAAACGGUGAACCGCAAAAUGGAUAAAACGAAGAGUAAGAAACAAAUUGGCAACGCCAAAGGGAAAAAACCCGCCAAGAAGGUUAUCAAAAAAGUUGUAAAAAAAGUUUUGGGGAAGAAAAAAAAAACCAUGAAAAAACUUAAUGCAGUUCGACUGUACGAGAAGGGAGUUAUCUUGGGAUACAAGAGAUCCCAAAGAAACCAAGACCCCAACUUUACCCUCAUUUCGAUAAAGAAUGUGCAUACGAAAAAGCAUGCCCAAUUUUAUGUGGGCAAAAGGGUUGCCUACGUGUACAGGACAAAUAAGCACCAUGACGGAGUGAAGAUUAAGUGCAUAUGGGGAAAGGUAUGCAGAACACACGGAAAUAGCGGAGUGAUUCGCGCCAAGUUCAGAACCAAUAUCCCACCUAAGGCCUUUGGAGAUAGAGUCAGGAUACUUAUGUACCCGUCGAACAUUUAAUUCGAAGGGGCUCCGUGCGUGUGACGUGGUGUUACGAUGUGCUGAGUAGCGUUACAUAAGGUAACAUUAUAUAAUGUAAUUUUUUUCCUUUUUUUGCCAUGUG